GUCAGCCUCGUCAACCACCUGGCAUCUUGGUGUCGCAAACAACAGAGAUCUUGACAACGGGGGUUUCCACAAACGCGCAGGCAAAACAACGGAGAAAUCGAAUCGCGCAUGCCGCCCGAUCAAUAAAUACACCAGACAAGAUGGCCAUAGACUGGGGGACCAUCAAAUCCCUCCUCAUCUUCUUCGGCCCCCUCCUCCUGCCCAAAGCAAUAUCCUACUACCGCUCCAUCCGCGCCACCUCCCAAACCCACCGCCUCAAAAUCAUCCCCCUCUCCCCCUCCCUCACCCGCGCCAUCGCCAUCCUCUCCGCUGUGGCAACCACCUUCCUCCUCCGCGCCCUCCCAAUCUUUUCCCCAGAAAACAUCUUCGCCAUCACCCAAUCCCGCCUCCAGAUCCCCACCGAAGUCUUGUUCAACCGAUUAUCCUCCCUCAGGGAACUGCACACUCUCACCCCGCUAGACCUCGCCCUCAAAGCAAAAUUCACCUCGCUCGAGUCAAGACUGUUGUACCUCCAGUUCGGACCGGAUGUCCUAGGAAACUGCCCCUUUUGCAAGAGCGACGAUCCGACAAGUUAUUUGUAUUAUGCCAUCCCGAGUAUUUUGACGCCCCAUGUUUUUAAUCUGGUGGUUAUCACGCUGGUGACGUCGAGUUUGUUUUCGGGGGAAAAGGCGGCUGGUUGGCGGACCCCGGCGGCGAUUGCGAGUGUGGUGGUGGCGGUGCUGGAUUUGUAUUUGACGAGCAGUUUUAACCACCAGUCUAACUCGAACAAACUACGGCUGCAGGAUCUGGAUUUGAUUUUUUGGAGUUCGAGGCUGAUGAGAUUUAUUUCUCUUGCCAUGUUGGAUAUAUUUCUUGCGUUGGCGAUAUAUCUUACUGGGACGAACAGGGCGUUUGUCACGCCGCCGUCACCGGCGGAGAGGAUAGAGAGUGUCUUGAAGGGGUUGGGGAAUAUCAAGGGGAAACUGAAUGCGGCGGGGGUGGUGAAGAAUACGGUUACCAGGGAUGAGGGGUUGAGGGGAAGGAGUAAUGGGUAUUGGGCGCAUGAGGUGAGGUUGACGAGGGAGAUGAUGGAGGAGGAGGAGGUGGUGAGGGGGAUGAAUGAUGCGCUGGAGAAUAGGCUGGAUGUGAGAAGUUUGGAGAGGGAUGCGGAGGAGUAUACUAGGGGGGUUUUGGGGGGGUUGAUGGGGUUUAGUAGUCCUACGGCGGCAAGUGGGGGUGAGGCGGUGCCGGGUACGCCAACUACUACGACGUCGUCGACGACAGCAGGUGGGCACGUUAAGGAGGAGUAGAUGGUGGUAUCUUGGGUAAUGUAUGAUGAUUUAGCGAGCGAAUUCUUCUGGCGUUUAAGGAUAAUAUUAAUUGUUAUAUCAAGAG